UCAAGAUGAAGAUCAACAUCCCAAACAAAAUUUGAGCGACACGGCUGGUACUGAUGACAGAUGCCAUUGCUCACCCAGGCCUGGAGGGAUGAUGGACCACCUUCCCGUGGAAAUAAGUGUGCACAUUCUCUCCUUCCUUUCUGUUGCUGACCUCAUAUGUGUUUCCCGGGUUAACAAGAGGUUCAGUGAAUUGGUCGGAGAUCAACAUUUAUUGAGGCACUUAGACUUGCGGCAAGCAUACUCUUGCUCCCAAGAAGAUUUGAAGAUCUUGCUUAGGCCAAAAAUUAGGUGUCAUAUGGUACAUACAUUGGAUAUGGAUGCUGUUUACUGGUUCAGGCCUCCCUUUGACACCAUUGCCAGAAUGAAGAACUUGAAGUCCCUUCACUUGCGAGGCAUUUCUAUCACCUUCAAGCAACUGCAUUGCUUGCUUACUGCUGGUCUGCCGUUGCAGGAGCUGUCAAUAGACUGGCCAAAAUGUUCCCAACAACCCAUGAACAUGAUAGAAGAGAUGCAGGAAGGACUAAGUCAUUUGAAGUUCCUGUGCCUCACUGUGCAGUCACUUAAUAGUGUGAUAAAUCAGUUUUUGAAACAGUGCCACAUUCCCUUCAGGCUUCUGCUCUACUGUUCAAAACUGCACCUGCACCUUCCAUCCAUAAAUAGAUUGGACAUAAUCUUUAGUUCCAAGCUUAGCAAUAUCAGGGAGAUAAUUACACUGCAAUGUAAAGGAAGUAAUGUGACUAAGAAGAACCAGGAGCAUUUAUCAUCCCUCAACCAAGUAACAGAGGUUGUGUAUGACAGUCUCAGUGUCAGUGAUGUUGGUGACUUGACAGCUACAUUGAGUGCAUAUCCCAGACUCAAGGGGCUUCAGAUCCAACUACCAAAACAGUAUGUGGAAAUCCAAAGUAUUUUUGAAGCUGUAUCACAACUAUUGUGGCUCAGACUGCACAUGCCAGACUCUGAAAAGGAGAAAAGGAAAGGAUAUGUUCAAUCUAUCACAAAUCUCCAUCAUCUCACUCACCUGUCCUUACCAGCACAUAUCCUCUGUGAAACAUGUAGCACAGAGAAAGCCUAUGCAGCACCAGCAUUACCUCAUGCAAGCACCCCAAAUUUCAAGAGGCCCCGCUUAGGAGUCAGCAAUAAGGAAGAUGCUGAUGCUGGAAUCUUGAACCUCAUAAUUGAUAACUGCCCACACUUGACCUUGCUGGAGAUUGGGGUGGAAGAUGCACCUUUCAAGUCACAAGCUGAGAGCCCCAUCUACUGGCAUUCUUUGAAAAAUAUUAGAAAAUUGGAGAAGCUUACUCAUUUAACAUUGUGCAACAUUCCAGUGACCAAUGGCAGCUUCCUACAUGAGAUUGCUGCUGGGUGUUCAAGACUUAAGUUCCUGAAAUUGGCUAAUCUUGGUCCCAGUGGGAAAUGUUGCUAUUUAAAGGAAUUGGCUGACUCUGUGCCUCAUAUGGCCAACCUCACCCAUUUCAGCAUACAUCAACAGUACAUAGCCCCAGCCACAGCUCUUCUAACUGCUCUGAAGAGGUGCCACAAACUGCAGCGGUUCAGUAUUACCUCCCUUCGAGACAUGUUACCCAUAAACCUCUUUGCUCUGGAGCAACUCAUUAAGGAACAAUCAUCACUCAUUUUUGUAGCAUUGGAGAGUGUCAGCACACCCAUGACUGCCUGUUAUAAGUUCACACAGAGACAGAAGUUUUCACGACCAGCACUGGUAGUACUUGCAUACAAUAAGGUCAAGGAACAUAUGCCUUCCAUCCCCUUGGCACACCAUGACAUGAUUGAUCUUAAUAGUUCAUUGUGUGGUUCUUUCCACCUUUGUUACCACCAAGAUUUUCCUUUCAGGCACUAUGUCUUACACAACUAUGAGUCUGGAACUUAUGAUGUGCAACAGUAAUAUUUGUAUCAAUGGUCUCUUGAAAACUUAAUAUGGAGAGUGAUAUAUCACUUUUCAGUUUCCCUGUAGAAAAUAUGAAUUAAAUGUAAUAUUGUUAAA